UCUGUUAUUUUCAAAAAACAGCUCUAACAAAAUCCAAACCAAAUCCCUCACCCUCACCCGACGUUAACGUUUUCAUUUAUUAUUUUUUUUUUUCUGAAAUUUCGGGCUUUUAUUUUUGUACUAAUUAAUGCAUUUCAGUUUCUCCACGAAUCGAAUUUUUGAACUUACACUUAUUUCUUAAUCCUUCUCUGUUAAGAAUUCCAUUUCGAAUCUGUACGGUCUCCUGGCUCUUCAAGAUCUGGAACGGGGCGCAUCUGCUGUUAUGAUCUCUCAGUUCUUGCAGCACUGUGCUCAUAGUUAAUUCUGAGACAAAGGUUUGGAAACUCUCAUGAACAUUUAGUUAGAAUGGCUCUCAGGCAAAAUGGAAAUUUUGACCAUUCAAAUGGAACUCAUGGAGUAAAUGAUGAACAAAAAGAAUAUUCUGAGAGCAUGGUUGAAGGUAAUGGGCUAUCAAUUGUAGUGGAGUGGUUAAAUGAUAUGAUUCCUCAUUUGAGUUUGCCACCGGAGGCUUCAGAGGAGGAAUUGAGAACAUGCUUGAUUGAUGGAACAGUCUUGUGUCAUAUCUUGAACAAGCUAUGCCCCGGUUUAGUUGAUGUGGGGGUCAGUAGUGAGCCGGGUCCUGCAAAAGUCCACCAGUUUCUGGCAGCUAUGGAUGAGUUGGGAUUACCCAGGUUUGAACCAUCAGUGCUAGAACAGGGAUAUAUGAAGCCAGUUUUGCAGUGCCUUAUAAUACUUAGGGCAAGUUUUGAUUCCUACGAUGAGGAAGACAACAUCCAAAAUCAUUCAAGAAAGAAGUGGAGUGUUCCAAGGGUAGAUCUUAUAGAGGGAACUGACUGCUUUAGAGGGAGUGUAGGAACAUAUGAUAUUUCUGAUUUGAAGAUUUCGGAACUCAUAAAUUCAAGGAGUUUAGAUAAUGCCUCAACUAAAUCACUGUUCAGUGUUGUGAAUCAAAUUCUGGAUGAACGCAUUGAAAGAAAGAAUGGGGAUGUACCUCAACAUGUGGCAUGUCUGCUGAGAGAGGUUGUGCAACUCAUUGAAAAACGAAUGGCAAUUCAAGCACAGAAUUUUAAAAAUCAAAACAAUCUUUACAGGGCUUGUGAGGAAAAGUACCAAUUAAGAAUCAGAGUGCUUGAGACCCUGGCAAUGGCGUCUACUGAAGAGAAUCGGAUUGUUGUAAAUCAACUUGGGCAACUAAAGGCUGACAAAACCAAAAUGGAGGAGAAGGAAAAGCUUGAAGAGCAGAAUGUGCUUAGAUUGAAAAAAGAAAGGGAUCAUAGUAGUAUUGAGAUUUCUGCAUUGAAACAAGAAUUAGAAAUGGAAAAAAAGACACAUAUACUACACUGCUUGAAAUUGGAAGCACAGGUUGAGGACACUAAAGUUGAGUCAGAUCGGAAGUUAAAGGAACUUGAGUGCCUUUUAAUAGAUUCAAAGAAGAAGGUGAAAGAACUAGAAUCAUUUUCUGAAUCCAAAUAUCAAAGAUGGAAAAAGAAGGAAUCUACUUAUCAGAACUUCAUAGAUUACCAGUUUGCAGCUAUACAGGAUAUAAGGGUAGCUUUUGAGUCCAUAAAACAUGAAGUCUUGAAGACGAAAGGGAGUUAUGCGGAGGAAUUUAAUCACUUGGGGCUAAACCUAAAAGGGCUUGCAGAUGCUGCUGAGAAUUACCAUUCGGUUCUGGCAGAAAAUCGAAAAUUGUACAGUGAAGUUCAGGACUUAAAAGGAAAUAUUAGAGUAUAUUGCCGGAUAAGACCAUUCCUUCCAGGCCAGACUAAGAAGCAAACAACAUUAGAAUUUGUUGGUGACAAUGGUGAGUUGGUGGUUUCAAAUCCCGUAAGGCAAGGAAAAGACACUCAUCGGCUCUUCAAGUUUAACAAAGUUUUUGGUCCAGAAGCCACUCAAGAGGAGGUAUUCUUAGAUACACAACCAUUAAUACGAUCUGUUCUUGAUGGAUACAACGUUUGUAUAUUUGCUUAUGGACAGACUGGAUCAGGGAAGACCUAUACAAUGAGUGGGCCUUGUAUAGCAUCAAGAGAAGAUUGGGGUGUCAAUUAUCGAGCAGUGAAUGAUCUUUUCCAAAUUUCUCAAAGUAGGAAGAAUUGCAUUAUAUAUGAUGUUGGUGUUCAGAUGGUUGAGAUUUAUAAUGAACAAGUUCGUGAUCUACUGUCAAGUGAUGGUCCACAAAAGAGACUUGGGAUUUGGAGUACCACCCAACCAAAUGGGUUAGCUGUCCCUGAGGCAAGUAUGCACUCUGUUAAAUCAACCACAGAUGUGUUGGAAUUAAUGAAUAUUGGGUUGAUGAAUAGAGCUGUAGGCGCUACUGCACUUAAUGAAAGAAGUAGCAGAUCGCACAGCGUUCUCACAGUUCAUGUUUAUGGCACCGAUGUAAAAUCUGGUGCCACUUUGCGUGGCAAUCUACAUUUGAUAGACCUUGCUGGCAGUGAAAGGUUGGAUCGCUCUGAAGCUACGGGUGAUAGACUCAAGGAGGCACAGCAUAUAAACAAAUCACUAUCAGCUCUUGGAGAUGUAAUCUUUGCUCUGGCACAAAGGAGUCCUCAUGUCCCAUACAGAAAUAGCAAAUUAACUCAAGUCCUUCAGAGUUCUUUGGGUGGUCAAGCGAAGACCCUUAUGUUUGUGCAGCUUAAUCCUGAUGCAGAGUCCUAUUCUGAAACCAUAAGUACCUUAAAGUUUGCUGAGAGAGUUUCUGGUGUUGAAUUAGGCGCUGCAAAGAGCAACAAAGAGGGAAGGGAUGUUAAAGAACUUAUGGAGCAGGUUUCAUCUCUUAAGGACACAAUUGCAAAGAAAGAUGAAGAGAUUGAGCACUUGCGGGUUAAGGCUAAUAAUGCCAACAGUGCAAAGCAACUUAUGAGCUCACUUAGACAUUCAUCUUCCUCUCCAUCUCCAAGGAGAAAAUCUGUAGGGAGUCCUCUCUUAAGCAGAAGAUUGUCAAUGGGGAAAGGCCUGGGAGUAACUGAUAAAGCAGCUUCUGAUAUGGACAACUCCUCUGAGUUCAGUGAUAAGCAUUCUGAUGGUAGUUCUCAUCAUUCAAUGGAGGACUGUAAAGGCCAGAAGAUAUCUCCCUCACAAUCAAAGCUUGCUGUAGAGGACUCAAGUCAGAAUGUAACUGAAGACCUUGAGCUCUUGGGGUUUGGGGAGGCAGAUUCAGAGGAAAGAUUAAGUGACAUAUCUGAUGGUGGCCUUUCAAUGGGGACCGAAACUGAUGGUUCAACCAGUGUGGUAGAGUUCACUCUUUUCCCUGAAACUGCAAAACCAGCGGUGAAAUCAGACAACACAGAAAAACCCAGUUGCCCAUCCAGCCUUCCAAAGCCCCUGCCAAACCGAAAGGUGGUGCAACUUAGACCUUCUUGUCUGUCAUUGACCAAGGCAACAAAAGCCUCCUCCUCAAGGAUCUUAACAAGUGUCAAGAAACCAACUCCUAGCAGUUCUUCGACCAGGUUUCCAAAACGAUGGCAGUAAUAUUAUAGGACUCCUUGUCCCUGUUUGUAAUUCUGUUAUUAAUGCAUCUCACAGGUAUUUCUUACUGGAAGAGGUAAUAGGAAGCCUCUCAUUUUGUAAUAUCAUUAAAAAACGUAGUGUAAUAUUAUAUUUAGGUUCUUACUUUAUAUGUUUAAAUUAGUUUUAAUCUCUUUAUGCUUGUCCAGCAGUAGGAAACUUGGAUUCCAGAUGGUUUGUAAGCGGUUUGAAAAUUAUUGUAAAAAUAUUCAUGCAGAAGCUGGAAGUCUUCCUUGGUUAGGAA